CGCUGCUGUGCGUCCUCGGGUGCCCUCGCACCCUCUCUGGACUCCGCCCCGCCUGAGGGCGUGAGGUCGCGGCGGCCGCGGCGGGGCGUCCCUGGAGGUUCUCGCGGAGCGGAGCCCAGUGGGGGUGCCGGAGCGCCCGGGGUCCUGUGGAGGCCCCGGCGUCUGGGCCGCCGCCAAUGCGGGAUGCUCGAGGCUUCCGCCCCACCAGCAUGGGCAGCCUCGCCUCCCGAGAGGACCUCGAGCAGGAGAAGACCUCCGCGUUCACCUGGGAGCUGGAAGCCAACAGCAGGGACUACAACAGCCAGUUCAAGGAGAAGUCUUUCCUGUGCUGGCAGAGGAGGAAGUAUAAGAGCAAUGUCAUCCACACGGCCAAGUACGACGUCUUCUCCUUCUUGCCCCUGAACCUGUAUGAGCAGUUCCACCGCGUGUCCAACCUCUACUUCCUUUUUAUCAUCAUUCUCCAGGGCCUCCCCGAGAUCUCCACGCUGCCCUGGUUCACUCUUUUUGUCCCGCUCAUCUGCCUCCUCGUCAUCCGGGCCACCCGAGAUCUGGUGGACGACAUCGGGCGACACAGAAGCGACAGAAUCAUCAACAACAGGCCUUGCCAGAUCCUGGUGGGGAAGAGCUUCCUGUGGAGAAAGUGGGAGGACCUGUAUGUGGGAGACGUGGUCUGUCUGCACAAAGACAACAUCGUCCCGGCCGACUUACUCCUGCUGGCCAGCACCGAGCCCAGCAGUUUGUGCUACGUGGAAACUGCGGACAUCGAUGGGGAGACCAACCUGAAGUUCAGGCAGGCCCCGCCGGUCACCCACCACGAGCUGACCAGUAUAAGGAAGAUGGCAUCCUUCCAAGGCAAGGUGGUGUGUGAGGAACCCAACAGCAGGUUGCACCACUUUGUGGGGUGCCUGGAGUGGAACGGCAGGAAGCACCCCCUGGACAUCAGCAACGUGCUCCUGCGCGGCUGCAAGGUCCGGAACACGGACACCUGCUACGGGCUGGUCAUCUACGCCGGUUUCGACACCAAGAUCAUGAGGAACUGUGGCAAGAUCCAUCCGAAGAGAAGCAGGAUAGACCUUCUGCUGAACAGGCUGGUGGCCCUGAUCUUUCUGUCCCUGGUGCUGAUCUCCGUGGCGUUGAGCUUGGGCUUCUGGUUCAAGGUGAAGGAGUUCAAGGCCAAGCACCACUACGUGUCCCCCAGGCACGUGCAGAGCGUGGCCGCCGAGACCUUCCUCACCUUCUGGGGCUUCUUCAUCCUGCUCAGCGUCAUGGUGCCCAUGGCCAUGUUCAUCAUGGUCGAGUUCAUCUACCUGGGCAACAGCAUGUUCAUCAACUGGGACGUACACAUGUACUACGCGCCACAGGACGUGCCCGCCAAGGCCCGCAGCACCAGCCUCAACGACCAGCUGGGCCAGGUGGGGUACGUUUUCUCGGACAAGACGGGCACGCUCACGCAGAACGUCAUGACCUUCAAGAAAUGCUGCAUCGGCGGCAUCGUCUACGAGGCCCGGGCCCGCUUGUCUGGCCGUCUCAGUGGCCCCAGGAAGCCUGCCAGUGGGGGGUGGGUGCUGCGGGAUGCCCGUGGGCGCGGCAGCUGGGGCCUGAAGCUGGGUCUUUCCCCAGGCCCCGACGAGGAGGAGGCGGCCCCAUGUAAGGGGUGGGGGUGGGCAGUGACCCACCCAGAGCCGGCCUGUCCCCUCCCAACCCCUCAGGGGAGCCCCUACCUCUGGAACAAAUUUGCCGACGGGAAGUUCCCUUACCGGAACGUGGAGCUCCUGCGAGCCGUUCGGGGCCGCACGGAUGAGGCGGUGCGGGAGUUCUGGCGUCUGCUGGCCAUCUGUCACACUGUGAUGGUCCAGGAGAAAGACCCAGACCAGCCGGUGUACCAGGCGGCAUCCCCGGACGAGGAGGCGCUGGUCACGGCGGCCCGGAAUUUUGGCUACGUGUUCGUGGCGCGCACGCGGGACAGCAUCACGGUGAUGGAGCUGGGGGACGAACGGGUGUAUCAGGUCCUCGCCAUGAUGGACUUCAACAGCAUGAGGAAGCGCAUGUCGGUGCUGGUCCGAAACCCCGAGGGCGCCAUCUACCUCUACACCAAAGGCGCCGACGUGGUCAUCUUUGAGCGCUUGAGCAAGAAAGGCAUGACAGAGUGGACCACGGAGGAGGCCUUGGCUUCCUUUGCCGAGGAGACCCUGCGGACCCUGUGCCUGGCCUACAAGAGGGUGGACGAGGACACGUAUGAGGAGUGGCGCCAGCGGCACCGGGAAGCCAGCCUGCGGCUGCAGAACCGGGCCCACGCCCUGCACCAGGUGUACGAGGAGAUGGAGAAAGGACUGCAGCUGCUGGGAGCCACAGCCAUCGAGGACAGACUCCAGGACGGCGUCUGCGACACCAUCCGGUGUCUCAAGCAGGGGAACAUCAAAGUGUGGGUACUCACAGGGGAUAAGCAAGAGACGGCCGUGAACAUCGGUUUUGCCUGCCAGCUGCUGUCGGAGAACAUGCUCAUUCUGGAGGAGAAGGAGAUCACUCGGAUCCUGGAGGCCUACUGGGGGAGCAACGACGGCCUGCUGGCCGGCCGGGGCCCCCUGCAGAGCCGCUUCCCGCAGCAGACCAAGGUGGCCAUGGUCAUCAACGGGGAGUUCCUGGACCAGCUGCUGCUGUCCCUGCGCAAGGAGCCGCGGGCGCUGGUGCGGGACGAGGACGUGGACGUGGACGUGGAGGAGGCCUGGCAGGAGCCCGGCGAGCGGACGACGAACUUCCCGCGCGCCCAGAGGGUGUCCCUGAUGUGGCGGACCCUCGGGACCCAGCUGAGGGGCACGGGGCUGGGGCCGCGGGUCAAGGACUCCGGCGCCCGCGACGGCCCCGAGGUGCGGCGCGAGCGGGCCUUCGUGGAGCUGGCCGCCCGUUGCCAAGCGGUCAUCUGCUGCCGCGUGACGCCCAAGCAGAAGGCUCUGAUCGUGGCGCUGGUCAAGAAAUACCAGCGCGUGGUGACCCUGGCCAUCGGGGACGGCGCCAACGACGUCAACAUGAUCAAGACCGCGGACAUCGGCGUGGGGCUGGCGGGCCCGGAGGGCAUGCAGGCGGUUCAGAACAGCGACUACGCGCUGGCCCAGUUCUGCUUCCUGAAGCGCCUGCUGCUGGUGCACGGCCGCUGGUCCUACGUGCGGGUGUGCAAGUUCCUUCGCUACUUCGUCUACAAGACGCUGGCCAGCAUGAUGGCGCAGGUCUGGUUCGCCUUCUACAGCGGCUUCACCGCCCAGCCUCUGUAUGAAGGCUGGUUCCUGGCACUCUUCAACCUGCUGUUCAGCACACUCCCGGUCCUCUACAUUGGUCUCUUCGAGCAGGACGUGAGUGCCGAGCGGAGUCUGGAGCUGCCCCAGCUAUACAUCGCAGGCCAGAAGGACGAGCUCUUUAACUACUGGGUCUUUCUCCAGGCCCUUGCCCAUGGCACGGCCACCUCCCUGGUCAACUUCUUCGUGACCCUGUGGGUCAGCCACGACUCGGCCGGGCCCACCAGCUUCAGUGACUAUCAGUCUUUCUCUGCGGUCGUGGCCCUGUCGAGCCUGCUGUCCAUCACCAUGGAGGCCAUACUCAUCAUCAAGUACUGGACGGCCCUGUCUGUGCUGGCCAUGCUCCUCAGCUUCUGCUUCUACAUGGUCGUCACUUGGGGCUGCCAGAGUUUCUGGCUCUUCCAAAUCUCCCCUGAGACCUUCCCGUUCCUGUAUGCUGACCGCAAUGUGCUGUCCCACCCCUCCAUCCUGCUGGUGAUCCUGCUGAAUGUGUCACUAAACACCCUGCCUACACUGGCCCUGCGUGUCAUUUACCAAGCCCUCGAGAAGCCACGCCCCAAGGAGGUGGAGGAGGCCCCGAGCGAGGACAUCACAGCGGUGGAAGCUGCGCCCUACCUCCGCCGGGAGUCGCGCAGGCGGCACUCCAGCUACGCCUUCUCCCACCGCGAGGGCUACGCGGAGCUCAUCACGCAGGGCACGAUUCUGCGCAGGGCGCCGGGGGUCGACAGCGACAUGCUGAUGGGCCAGAUAAUCCCGUGCCACGAAGAACUGUCCCCGAGCAUCCAGGAGUCCCCCCGGUGCUCCAGGAAGAUGUCGUUCCUGGGGAAGACGGGGCACCAGCACCGGGGCAAGGUGUCCUCGAGGGACGGGGGACGAGCAGCCCGCCGUCCUCAGAUCCCCGGCUCCCCGCGGGGGCUGGCGGUCCGGGGCGUCCCAGGAGACGUUGCGGGGGGAGCGGGAGGACUCACGGUGGUCCAGGGGGAGCGCGCCGGGGCCGUCGGGGGCUCCCCCGCCCCCCCAGCAGCCCGCGGACGAGGGGGGCAAGGUGUCCCCCGUGGGGUGACUGCCGGUGCCCGGGGAGGGCGCAGUGGCGCCCGAGGCCCCCGACCCCCGACCCCCGAGGAGCAGUGACCCGCCCCGCGUCGC